GAACCUGGGGCAUGAUGUUUAAGUCUUAUUAUAAAGGACCAAAGUACAACUAAAUGAAAUACUGUCCAAGAUUUUCAAACGAGGCAUCUCAAAUGAGGGCAUUCAUUCCUUGUAGAUUAAGUAAAAAGUUUUCAGAGGUGCCCCCAUUUACUUUCCAUUUGACAAUCCAUCAUUUGGUGCUUUUCCAAAAAAUCAUCUGCUCUCUUCAGAAGUGCCACACACUCUACUGUUUCUGCUAUAGUUAAUGGAAGCUGCUUGAUAUUCAGCCCUUGUGAAAAUCAGACCUUUUACCAAAACUGGGAUUUUCAAAAGUCCUGGAAGGACUUGAGAGCAGAAGGCUCAUUGAAUUUCAGUGAGACUUGUAUGCCAAGAUCAUGUAGGUGCUUAAAAAAAUCUAACCCAGCUCCAUGUUUACAUACUUAACAGUAUUUAAAAUAAAUGAAAAAUGCGCUUCCUAGGCCCUGUGUUCAUGACUCAUACACUUAAAAGAAACAGUGCCCAUUUGAACAAAAAAAUCUGGAUGGUCACUUUUUGAAUCUCCUAUCCAAUGAAGCAGCCUAGUGAGUGGAAAGAUGGGUUUUUUUGCUCUGUCUGGGGACUAGUAAAUAGUCAUCUUUCUCUUAAUUUUGAUGUUGUAGGCAGUAUUUGAGAAAGCAGCUGGCUUAACGAUAGAUCAAUAGCUGGUUCAGAAUAAAUAAGAGAAAAGUAUGGCCUAACAACUAAAACAAUAGAAGAGCACUCCAUAAGGCUAUAAGAGUCAAAACUAGACAAGGAGAGUAUGUGCAUGAGAGAGAGGGAAGGAGCACUGUUUGAGAGCUCCUGAGACAGGAGACUUUUAGCAGGGAACAUUUAAUCUCUGUCAUCUCACAUUCAGUGCUUUAGAUGGACUCAAAUAACCUCACUUCCCCUCCCUUGAGCAAAGUCACUUGCAAGUUGGGAAAUGAGAGAAAGUUGAAUCAAGUUUGAUCUUCAAGGACCUGAUCUCCCUGCAUUUCAUAAGCAGUCAGAAAAUUCCUGCUGACGUUAAUGGGAGCUUUUGGUUCCCAAAGGACCUACAAGCUCUGAUCCUCUGUCUCCCAACAUAUAGGAGAUAGAGUUUUGUUUAUUCUUGCAGUAUAUUUUUAUGAUGUGAAGUAAGCCAAAUGUGAGAAUAGAUUGUACAAGAACAGCAUGACUCAGAGCCCCAGGAAACAAUUGCACUAAAGUUCAGUGCUCUGUAUUUUUUUUUUCCUUAGAAAAGUGUUAUAUGGCCUCCUAUGAUUCCAAAGUUCAGCGAUUCAGGACUGAAAUAAAGGGCUGAUCUUACAAAGACAUAAGCACGAGCUUUGAAUAAUGUUAGGAAGUACGGCCAUUUUUAUUUUAUUUUGGAGGGACUACUUUUUUUACAGAAGGUGGAAGAACAUCCACACAAGAAGCAGCCCUUAGCAAUGAGACCAACUCAAAGGGAGCCUUAAACGGUAACAUCAGGAAAAGCGGUGUUUGGCGAGUGAUGUGCUAAAAAUGAAAAGGUGCUUUGAGGGUGUUGGGCUGCGAUGCCUGUUUAAGGGUGUCAGCAUGGCGGCCCCCAGGCCUGCAAAACACCUCCUCAUCUUUGACUUUGAUGAGACAAUCGUCAACGAGAACAGUGAUGACUCAGUCAUAAGGGCUGCUCCGGGACAAGAGCUCCCAGAACACAUCCGCCAAACCUUCCAGGAAGGCUUCUACAAUGAGUAUAUGCAGCGGGUCUUCGAAUACAUGGGAGACCAAGGGGUCAAGAUGCUGGACUAUAAGACGGUCUACGAAAACAUCCCCCUAUCACCUGGGAUGCUGGAGCUUUUCCAGUUCCUCUCCAAGAAUCAAGACCAGUUUGAGAUCAUUCUCAUCUCUGAUGCCAACAUGUUUGGCAUUGAAUGUGCUUUGAGAGAGGCAGGCUGCUACUCUCUGUUCCGCAAAAUCUUUAGCAAUCCCUCUGGCUUUGACAAGAGGGGCUACCUCACCUUGGGGCCCUAUCACUCUCACAAGUGCCUCCAAUGCCCAGCAAACAUGUGCAAGCGCAAAAUCCUCACUGAAUACCUGUCUGAGAGAGCCCAGGAAGGGGUGGAGUUUGAGAAGGCUUUCUAUGUUGGGGAUGGGGCCAAUGACUUCUGUCCCUCCAUGGCCCUGACUUCAACAGAUGUUGCUUUCCCACGGAAAGGCUACCCCAUGCACAAGAUGUAUCAGGAGAUGGAGAAAAAGCAACCUGGAGUCUUCCAGGCCACUGUAGUUCCUUGGUACUCAGCUGUGGAAGUUUGCCAGCAUCUUCAGGAGUUCCUCAAGAAGAAACGCUGAGAAGGGCUCGUUGGUAUUAAAAAAAAAAAAGAAAAAAAGGCUCUUGCUGUCCUGGAGGCAGCACCAAGGAGCAGGCAGGAAAAAGAGGGAAGCUCUCAGAAGCAUCUCAUUCCUCAAUAGCUAAGCUGGUGCCAUAUCUAGCUUUGCAGAGUUGGACUCAGCUUCUGGAAUUCUUAUCCUCCCUCUGCUUUUUUCUUUCUUUCUAAGAAGUACUUUCUCUGGGUUCCCACUUCUCCCCUCCCAUGAUCUUGACAUGAGGUCUUCUCUAUGCAGUUAGCAAAUUCAUGCAGAAGGACAGGCAUGUUGGCAGAUCAAUUUAUUUUUGCUUUCACAUUGAAUUCACUUAAAAUGAUUCUAUUUAAAAAAAAAAAAAAAAGAUUCACCAACCAACUUGCUCUCACAAGGGCCAAAGUGUAUGCAUGCUUCCAUUAGCUCCAAAAUAGAGGUCACCUGACCCACAACUCUAUCAAAACAGUUGGGACUGCCUACAGCAUUACUCUUUCAUCAUCAUCUUUAAUGCCUUUCUCUACAUGCCCCCUAGAUGAAACUGAAAGCUGCUUACAGUUGGCUGAGCAUUGACCCAAUAAUUCCUGAGGGGUCCUUGCCUCUUUAGGAGGACAGUGGAAGUCUCAUCUAGUGCAGCUUAUGCUGCUGAUAUCUCAUUGUGAGCACUCUCCCCCUGGGCUUGGGUUGCCACCAGCCUACCCCAAACCCUCCAUUCACUGGCCUCUGUAGGCGGAGGGCAUGGACAUGAGAUUUGGUUCAGGCUGUGGGGUUUGGAGAACACUAUUCAUUUAAGUUUUUUCACUUGGAGGUUGCUCACUGGAACACAUUCCUAACCAGACAAGAGCAGCAUGAGUUAAGCAUUUAAAUUGCCUCUUGAAAACCUUCCUCUUCCAGUUCCCAUUCUCAAGCCUUUCCCUCAGAGUAGCACAAGCUGCUCAUGGAGCCCUUAGAUUAAAACCCUGUGCCUGCAUUUUACUUUCAUUUCUGGGAUCACUUUCUCCUCCAGAGCCAAGUCUACCCUGAUUGUCUCACGAGACACACUCUUCUAUAGUUAUAUUAAGCACAACACCAAGUGGCCCACCUCCAAAGGCUCUGAGCCAGAGCUGGUUUCCAGAGCAGAUGCUCCUCAUCUGCAUUCACUUUCCUGGUAUCAGGUCACAUUUAGGCUUACACUCGAUCCCAGAAAUGUGUUUGCUGAGCUUGCCUGAGUGCUGUCCUGCCUGAAUUGCACUUCAACAGCCGUCCUUUACAGCAGUUCAGCAAAGGCAGUUUGAGAUCUGCAGCUGACAAGAGAUCUGUCUCUACAAGCUAAGUGCUGGUUCCUGUGGGUGUUGGAGCAGCAGUUCUGUGUCAUAGACAAAUCACAACAUCCUUGUUGUUAUAGCAGGGCUGAGCCAGCUUCCUGGCCUGAUCCUGAUCCUGAGAGGUGCUGAAACUCCCAUUGAUUUCAGUUGGAGGUAUGGUGCUUAGUGCCCCUUUGGGGUUAGGCUGCUAGAGGAUAAAAACCUCUCUCCACUUCCCAUUCCAGAGUCCUGUCCCAGGCAAUUGCAGUAUUAAUUGUCCCCUAUGAUUGCACUCUGCAGGGGUACCCACUCUGUUUGCCGCCCUCUUAUCCUGGCUUUUCCUGGGCUGAUUGCAGCAUUAACUGCCCCCAAUGGUGGCAUCUACAGGGAUGACUGCAAUCUGUCUACUCCAAAGUAUUUCCCUCCUGCAGUUGCUCUGCACAGUAAGAAAUUAACCAAAGCAGCCCCAGCUUUUGCUCUCCCACCCUUUGUGGGUCCCUCACCUCCACCAUUUGUUCUUUCUCUUCUGCUCCAUCCAGUCACAUGGAACUGAAAGCCAUGGACAUUUUAGAAACUCCAUAUUGGUGCUGGGUGCAACAUGUUUGUCUGGAAUUUCAUGUGCAUGUUAUGGUGGACAUUUAAAUGACUUUUUUUC